AUGAGUAACAUCGCCCUUAUCCCCCAGACGUUUCCCACAUCAGAAGAACGGGGUAAAAUCGUCCACCUGUACAAACGCCUCCGCUUAGCAGGCCUCAAUCAAGACCCAAAGGCCUUUUCAGCAAGCUAUGAGACUGAAGUGGAGUUUCCCUACGAAAAGUGGCUGGCCCGGAUUCAAAACCCGCAGGCACGUACCUUUAUCGCCUUGGACGAGGGUGAAACCGUUCCUUCAUCGGGCGAUGCAUUGACCGCCCUUUUGUCGAGGGAAUGGCUGGGGACGGUGACCAUUGUAGGACCGAAAUUCGCGUUUAGCAAUGAAAUUGAUCUCAACGCGCCGUGGAGGAUAUUUACGGAAGGUGAUCGGUAUACGGCACCACAAGCGGAUGAUAGAGACGUCGUCGCCGUGUAUAUGAUUGCUGGCAUGUUUGUGCUUCCAGCGUCGAGAGGGAGGGGAAAUGGUCGUCGACUUGUUGAAGCCGCCGCCAGACAUACCCGAGGCGCUUCACCAGCUACAGAGCGAACUCUACUAGUCCUACUGGUCGAGGCCGACAACAAAGCUGCAAGGAAACUAUACGAAAGAUGCGGGUUCCAGAAGAGCAACGAGGAAGUGGCAUUGGGUGGACAACAGACGGUCGGGAUGGUCCUCAACACUGGAAAGUAA